CUUCUUUUUCUGGUUUUGUCUUCUUUUCAAAUUGGAACAUCUGUGGUGCUUAAUACACCACUUGGUUAUUUACGUGGAAGAGUUCGUUUUAUUGACAAUAGAUCCAUAUUCCAGUUUUUAAACGUACCGUAUGCACAACCACCGAUAGGUGUUUUGAGGUUUGAAAAACCACAGCCUGUCUUGCCUUGGCGUGGAAUACUGAACGCCACGGAGUAUGGACCAGCAUGUGUUCAAAAUUCCGGACAGCCGAAGUUUCUAAUGAGUGAAAAUUGUUUAGUGAUGAAUAUUUAUAUUCCAUAUAAUGUGAACGUAAGUGCUUCAAGGGCAGUCAUGUUGUACAUCCAUGGUGGAGGUUAUACUCAAGGUCAAGGUCACUCACAGGAUGGCUCGCUUUUGGCAUUAACUGGCGAUGUAAUAGUUAUUACGAUAAAUUAUCGUUUAGAUGUUCUUGGAUUCUUAUCCACAAAAGAAUAUGGACUUCCAGGAAACUAUGGUCUUUGGGAUCAAAGAUUAUCCUUUUUAUGGGUUCGUCAAAAUAUUGCAUCAUUUGGUGGUGAUCCAAAACAAGUAACAAUUUUUGGUGAAUCAGCAGGUGCCUAUAGCGUUGGCUUACAUCUAGUUUCUCGUUGGAAUCAAGGUUUAUUUAAACGAGCUUUAAGUGAAAGUGGUGUGACUUUAUCUCCUAGAACAUUAGCUUAUGAUCCUGUAUCAUUUUCCAAAAGUUUUCUCAUAGACAUUGGUUGUUUCCCAACUAAAACCUCGUCAAAUGUAAAAUCAUGUUUGAUGACGAAGAGUACUACAGAACUCCUUUCAGCAUCAUCCCGAGCUGCAGGAACAAGUUUUCUUGCAUUCCGAUUACCUAUUGGUCCAGUUGUUGAUGGUGACUUUUUAACAAAGACACCCGAAGAACUGCUCUCUGAUAGAAGUCUUCCUUUCUAUCAUGUUGAUGUUAUGGCUGGAACUAACAGUGGCGAAGGUGUCCUCAUUCUGUACCCCUUAUCAGUUUAUCAAACUGCUUUAAACAUAAAUUUACGACUGGGUAUACCCAACCGUGUUCUGUGUGAUAAUAUCACCACUAGUUUAGCUAGAGAUUAUUACAAUGGUUCUGUUUCUAUAGCUAGUCGUAUCUGCCACAUGUAUUCUGGAACUAGUCUCCCUGAACAGGGUCGAGAAGUAGUGAAUAUGUUUGGUGAUAUGUCAUUUCUGGCACCAACUGUAGCUGUUUUAGAUCAACACUCGACUCAUGCCAUUGGUCAAACAACAUAUCAGUACUACUUUACACAAGUUUUAUCAUCAAGUACAAUAACUCGCCAGUAUCCAUGGUUUGUUGGUGUGGUCCAUGCUGGUGAAUUGGUUUUUGUAUUUGGUCCAAUGGUAUCUUUGGCCCCAGGACAAUAUACACAACAGGAGGUGGCCUUUUCUAAUAAAGUACAGAUUUAUUGGACAAAUUUUGCUAAGCAUGGCAACCCAAAUGGACUUCACGUUGAACAAUGGCCAAGUUAUAUCACCAGUAAAAGCUAUCAAGAUUUAUCUUUUGCUAUCCAAUCAAAGCAAAACAUAUUUCCUAACAGAAUGAAUCUGUGGUUGUCUUUAAACCCUGUCCAACUUGCCGAACUCCAA